CACAUGAUAUAGUAGUAGAAAGUUGAACACAAAGUCUUGUUUCCUAUCUCAGUCGACACCUAACCUUAGAAUACAAUUUUUACUAUUCAAGUAAAAGACACAGAUUAUUACUUUGAAACACAUUAUUUUUUGUUUUGAAAGGACAAAUUAAGAGUUGGAAUGAAGACUUAUAGAUCUUUAAAUUGUACAACUGUUUUUGUUGCAUUCCUGUUUCAAAGUCUCUUACUAUUUUCUUAUCUUUUUCCAACAUGCGAUAGUGAACAGAAACUUGUGCUAGUCAAUGUGGUAUUUAGACAUGGAGAUCGAGCACCUGAUAGAGACAUCGGUGAAAGUUACCCAAAUGAUCCGAAUGUGAAUGCAUCGUUUUUUCCAAUGGGAUCUGGAGGAAUGACAAACGAAGGCAAACGAAGAUCCUAUAACUUAGGAAAAGUUCUUCGCGAAAGAUAUUCUGAUUUUCUCGGCCCAAUAUAUUUACCUGAAAACAUCAAAGCCCGAAGUACAGAUUCACAGAGAACAAUAAUGAGUCUUCAGUUGGUUCUUGCUUCACUAUAUCCUCCAGACACUCUUCAAAAGUGGAACACUGAUCUUAAUUGGCAACCGAUACCAUUUAUUUAUAAAAAGAAAAAGAGAGAUUGGUUACUCUGGCCAACAAAUUGUCCCAGAUAUAAAGCUGAGUAUGAAAACGUUUUAAAAUCUUCGGAAGUUUUGACAAAAAUUGAAAAAUUCAAACCGUUAAUGGAAAGAUUGACAAAUCUUACAGGAAAAGAAAUAAAAAGUAUGAGAGACGUACUCAUUUUGUACAGUACACUUGAUUGUGAAAAUUCGAUGAAUCUACCCAUUCCAGAAUGGGCGAAGGAAUACUUAAAAAAUGGCGAAUUAGCAAAAGUGGGAAAUUUUCAGGUUGAAUUAAGAAAUUACAAUAAGUUGCUCAAAAGAUUAAAUGGUGGAGUGUUAGUCCGAAAAAUGACGGAGGACAUGUCUGCUGCGAAAAAUGGAACAUUGGAAAAAGGCCGCAAAAUAAUAUUGUACAGCGCUCAUGAUUUAAAUCUAGGAGGACAAAUACUUGCUCUUGGAAUAACUGAACCGCACAUUCCUAAUUACACAAGUUCUGUUAUAUUAGAACUUUAUGAAAAUAACAAAGAUUAUUUUGUGCAGGUUUUGUAUUAUUUGGGAAUCCCGGACAAAAUGCAAGUAAUGACAAUUCCUGGCUGUGAUGAGAUGUGUCCACUUGAAAAGUUUAUUAAUCUUUUAAAAGAUGCAAUGCCCGACGAUAAUGAGUUUAAAUGUCGAGCAUAGUUUAUUAUUUGUAAAAAUAUAAAUAAAUUUUCUUGGAAAAUUGAGGAAAAUGAUUUGUCUCAAAAGAGAAACUUUGUAAGAA